AUGCGCUUUGCUUCGUCCCAAGCCUUUGUGGUGAGCCUAUUGGCCUCCAGCCAACUUGUUCAAGGGUUUCAACCUGGUGUUGAAGCUCGCGAUCUCGUGAAGAAAUAUGUGGGCUCUCCUUCCACCCUAGCCAGCAGAUGGGUCCAACUUGUAUCCUCUGUCGAAGCUCGUCACCAUACCGAGGCCCAGAUUGCAGCCAAAAAAGCAGCAGCAGGGAAGGGAUCGAAGAACCACAAACGUGAACUUGAUCCAAUCGAAGCUCUCAUCACUGCUGUUGAGGAGGCCGCUGCUAAGGGAAAAGCUAAGAAUAAUACAACCCAUCAUAAGGGAGCGAAAGGAAACAAGGACGGAAACACUGGCAAAGCAACACUUGCUGAUCAGGGAGCAAAAGGCAAACACAAUGGAAACACAACCACAGCCGCAACCAAGCAUCAUAAGGGAGGAAAAGGCAAGAAGAACGGAAAUGCAACCGCUGUUGCCCUUCCUGAUGAGGGAGCAAAAGGCAAGAAGAACGGAGAUGCCGGCAAAGCAACGCUUCCUGAUCCAGCUGCGAAAGGUAAACACAACGGAAACGCAACCACAGCCGCAACCAAGCAUCAUAAGGGAGGAAAAGGCAAGAAGAACGGAGAUACUGGCAAAGCAACCCUUCCUGAUCCGGCUGCGAAAGGCGACAAGAACGGAAAUGCAGGCACAAUAACUCCCCUUAAUGCUCCGGUACCAAAAGGCAAAACCGACGAAAAUGUAAAACGUGAACCUCAGCAAGCUGACGAGUUUGGCCCUUGGGACUCUACCACGGAUGAGUUCGGAUCUUGGGUUGACAAGAGAGAGGCUCAUCACACCGAAGCCCAGAUUGCAGCCAAGAACGCAGCUAAGAAGGGCGGAAAGAAAGGAGGAAAGAAAGCUGGGAAUGCCAAACGUGAGGCUGAGCCUGAGGCUGAGCCACAGGAGGUAGAUGAGUCACAGGAAGUUGAUGGGGUUGACAAGAGAGAGGUUGAUCAGACCGAAGCCAAGGUUGAAACCAAGAACGCAGCCAAGAAGGGAAAGAAGGGUAAGAAGGGAGGAAAGAAGGCAGGAAAGAAGGCAGGAAACGCCAGACGUGAGGCUGAGGCUGAGGCAGAGGAAGUGGAUGAAUCACAGGAAGUGGAUGCUAUCGACAAGAGAGAGGCUCACCACACCGAAGCUCAGAUUGCAGCCAAGAACGCAGCCAAGAAGGGCGGAAAGAAGGGAGGAAAGAAAACAGGAAACGCCAGACGUGAGGCUGAGGCUGAGGCUGAGGCACAGGAAGUGGAUGAAUCACAGGAAGUGGAUGCUAUCGACAAGAGAGAGGCUCACCACACCGAAGCUCAGAUUGCAGCCAAGAACGCAGCCAAGAAGGGCGGAAAGAAGGGAGGAAAGAAAACAGGAAAUGCCAGACGUGAGGCUGAGGCUGAGGAUGAGUCACAGGAAGUCGAUGGGGUUGACAAGAGAGAGGUUGAUCAGACCGAAGCCAAGGUUGAAACCAAGAACGCAGCCAAGAAGGGAAAGAAGGGUAAGAAGGGAGGAAAGAAGGCAGGAAAGAAAGCAGGAAAUGCCAAACGUGAGCCCGAGCCGGAGGCUGAGCCACAGGCGGCGGAUGAGUUUGGACCCUGGGACUCUACUACAGAUGAAUUUGGUUCUUGGGUUGACAAGAGAGAGGCUCAUCACACCGAAGCUCAAAUCGCUGCCAAAAAAUCUGCAGCUGCCAAGAAGAAGGGAACACAUGCUUAA